UCAACAUUCGAAUCGAUUUUCCGCAUCAAUGCGGCGGUCAGUUUAGAAUCCACACUUGUAAAUGGAAGACGUAAACGGUUUUGAAUAUAUAAACUAAUUAACUAAAGAAUAUACAUUGAAGAAUUGAAAGCUAUUGAAACAUAUCCGUCGCGAAAUUAAGGAUUACUUGAUUUUUUUUUUUAAUUUUGUAAUGUUUGUAGUUAAUUGAAAUAGAAGAGAAUUCUAUUAUUGUUUAAAAUAUGCUACAACAACAUCAGCAACCACCUCAACAACAAGGAUAUUACGAAUAUAAUCAUCCGAGUCCUGGAAGCUUGACAAAUUCCGAUUCAUGCAAUACGACGCCAUUUUCAGUGAAGGAUAUUUUGAAUUUGGUUAAUCAGAAUGAACCUUAUACUGGUUGUCACAUGGAUGGCACCAGUACUGCAACAAACCUAUAUCCUGACUAUGAUCGCUACCCAGAUCCGGCGGCGAUGGUUCCGCAUGGAUACAUUGCUCAAGGUCAGAUUUACUCAUCGUACGAUUACAACAACAGUCCACACCAUCCACAUCCGCAUUCGCAUCCACACAGCCACCAUCAUCCAUCCUUGCAUCAAGCAUAUCAAUACACCCCUCAAUACUACCCCACAGCAACUUCUCAAGGAUUCACCUACCCGUAUGCCGAUAUUCCUCCAAACGGUACGCAUACCCAUGUCCUUCUUAACGAUGGAACUUAUAUGAAACAGGAAGUAAUGCCACCAUCUUAUGUAACACCCUCACCUACGUUAGACUUAAACAGUUCAGCCGAAGUCGACGUUUGCGCAAGUAGGUCAUCCUGUCCUAGUUCGGAGAAGGAUCCAGCGGUGCCAGCACAAAUUUCCGGCAGUCCUUGCAACGAAAUCACUUCCCAACAUGUCAAGGAACUUGAGACGAUAUGUGACUUCGACGAUACUGAUGAUACGGAUGCGACACAACAGAGUAAGUUCAACUGAUUUCCUUUUUCCAAAACAUGACUAAAGUAUGUUAUUUUUUAGAA